AUGUCUGUCACAAAGAUUCCAGAUCAGAUGUUCUUCCACACUGAUUAUCGACCACUUAUCCGAGAUGCGAAUAACUAUGUAUUGGAUGAGCAAACUCAGCAAGCUCCUCACCUUAUGCCUCCCCCAUUCUUGGUGGAUGUCGAUGGAAAUCCUCAUCCUACAAAAUUUCAACGACUGGUACCAGGACGGGAAAAUUGUAAAGAUGAGCAGCUUAUUCCUCAGCUGGGUUAUGUGGCUAAUGGUGAUGGUGAGGUGGUAGAACAGGUAAUUGGGCAGCAAACCAAUGACCAAGAAGAAAGCAUUCUUGAUGGGAUAAUCAGGGAGUUACAGAGAGAACAAGACCUCCGACUAAACAACGAAGGAAAUGUUCCACAUUUUCCAACUAAUAGAUCAUAUUCUGUUAAUGGUGCUCUGAGUAGUCCAAAUAUGGACAUACCCUCUUCUCCAAAUAUUGGGCUUCGGCGUAGUGGUCAAAUUGAAGGUGUUCGGCAAAUGCAUAACAAUGCUCCUAGGAGCCAGAUGGCCACUGAACGAGAUAUCAUGGCCUGGAGCAGAAGAGUGGUGGUAAAUGAACUAAAUAAUGGAGUUAGUAGGGUUCAAGAGGAAUGUCGCACUGCGAAAGGUGACCUAGAAAUUAGUCUUUAUACAGUCGAAAAGAAGAAAAAGCCAUCUUCUACUAGCCAAAGAAAUGAUCAUCAGCCUAGCUGUGGGCGGUCUUUACGGAGGACACAGCGCAAGCGUCAGCAUACUUACCUAACACGGUCCAACAUAGAGCAUAAUUCACAGGCAUCAUCUCAAAAUGCAUGUGUACAAGAAGAUUCAGACAACUCCUCGGAGGAAGAUGAAACUGUUGGCACAAGUGAUGCUUCUGUAGAAGACCCUGUUGUUGAGUGGCAAAGUGAAAGCUCUUCCAGUGAUUCAUCAAGUGAAUAUUCUGACUGGACAGCGGAUGCUGGGAUAAAUUUGCAGCCUCCCAAGAGACAAACGAGACAGGCAGCGCAGAAGAUCUUCAGCAGCUCUGAAGAUGAAAAGGUGAAGCCCUUAGAAAAUAGGAAGAAGAAGACUAAGCAGACGAGAAAGAAGAAAGGGGGACUUGUUUCUAUGGCAGGCGAACCCAAUGAAGAAUGGUUUGCCCCUCAGUGGAUCUUGGAUACUAUACCACGGCGUUCUCCAUUCGUUCCACAGAUGGGAGAUGAGCUUAUUUAUUUUAGGCAAGGACAUGAAGCUUAUGUGAGAGCUGUGAGGAAAUCAAAAAUAUAUAGUGUUAAUUUACAAAAACAGCCAUGGAACAAAAUGGAUCUCAGGGAGCAAGAAUUUGUUAAGAUUGUAGGAAUCAAAUAUGAGGUUGGACCACCUACUCUGUGCUGCUUGAAACUUGCAUUUUUGGACCCAAUUUCAGGCAAAAUGACUGGAGAGUCUUUUUCUAUUAAGUAUCAUGACAUGCCAGAUGUCAUUGAUUUCCUUGUGUUAUAUCAGUUUUAUAAUGAAGCCAAAGAAAGGAACUGGCAGAUUGGUGAUAGGUUCCGCAGUAUAAUAGAUGAUGCCUGGUGGUUUGGAACUGUGGAAAGCCAGCAGCCUUUCCAGCAAGAAUAUCCUGAUAGCUCUUUCCAGUGUUACAGUAUUCACUGGGACAAUAAUGAAAGAGAAAAGAUGAGCCCCUGGGAUAUGGAGCCAAUUCCGGAAGGAACUGCUUUUCCAGAUGAAGUUGGUGCUGGUGUUCCUGUGUCCCAGGAAGAACUGACUGCUUUGCUGUACAAACCCCAGGAAGGAGAGUGGGGAGCUCAUUCCAGAGAUGAGGAAUGUGAACGAGUCAUUCAGGGCAUCAACCACCUUCUUUCCCUGGAUUUUGCCAGCCCUUUUGCUGUUCCAGUGGAUCUCAGUGCCUACCCCUUGUAUUGUACUGUAGUUGCUUAUCCAACCGACCUCAAUACCAUCAGACAAAGACUUGAAAAUCGCUUUUACAGGAGAAUAUCAGCAUUAAUGUGGGAGGUAUGCUAUAUUGAGCAUAAUGCUAGGACUUUCAAUGAGCCAGAUAGUCCUAUAGUUAAAGCGGCGAAGAUUGUGACUGAUGUCUUACUUCGAUUUAUUGGGGAUCAAAGCUGUACUGAUAUUUUGGAUACUUAUAAUAAAGUUAAAGCAGAAGAACUAAACAGCAGUGAUGCAGAGGAGGAUACAGAAAUGGUCGAUUUAGAUUCAGAUGGUCCUGGAACUUCAUCUGGAAGAAGGGUCAAAUGUCGAGGCAGAAGACUGUCUUUGAAGUGUAAUCCUGACGCUUGGAAAAAACAAUGCAAAGAACUAUUGAGCCUCAUUUAUGAACGUGAAGACUCAGAGCCAUUUCGACAGCCUGCAGAUCCUCCUUCUCAACCAGCUCACCAACAGCAAGAAGGAGAACCCUCAGCAUCAGCUCUUCCAGAUAGUCAAGAUCCAUCUCAGUCUGAGGAUUAUCAAGAUGGUAUAGACACACCUAUGGACUUCAGCACUGUGAAAGAAACUUUGGAAUCAGGAAAUUAUGAUAGUCCUCUGGAAUUUUAUAAAGAUGUUCGCCAAAUAUUCAGCAACUCCAAAGCUUAUACUUCUAAUAAAAAGUCAAGGAUCUAUAGCAUGACGCUGAGAUUGUCUGCCUUAUUUGAAAAUCACAUUAAAAAUAUCAUCUCUGAAUAUAAGUCAGCAAUCCAAAGUCAGAAGAGGAGAAGGCCGCGGUACAGGAAACGCCUGAGAAGCAGCAGCAGCUCACUGUCCAGCAGCAGAGCUCCUAGCCCGAAAGGGAAGCAGAAGCAAAUGAAGUUACAGCCUAAAAAUGACCAGAAUACCUCAGUGUCUUAUGCCAGGACUGGUUCUCCUUUCUCUUCUCCUGUUUCAGAUGCUGCUGAAGGUGUUUCACAAUAUCUACUUGAUGAUGAAGGAGAUGGGCCAUUUUCUCCAUCGAGUUUCAGUGGAUAUAGCCGAAGUGGAAAUAGCCAUGACCCAGGAAAAGCCAAAUCAUUUCGUAAUAGAGUUUUACCAGUUAAACAAGAUCACUCCACUGAUGGGCCUCUUACAAAUGGCGAUGGCAGAGAGCCCCGAACAGGAGCCAAAAGGAAACUACUCAGUGCAUCAGAAGAGGAUGAAAGCAUGGCAGGAGAAGAAAAGGAGAUGAAAGAAACAAAAGAGAAAGCGCAUUUGUCCUCCUCCGAGAGUGGAGAGCUAGGCUCCAGUUUAAGUUCAGAAAGCACCUGUGGCUCCGAUUCUGACUCGGAAUCUACUUCCAGAACAGACCAAGAUUAUGUAGAUGGCGAUCAUGACUAUAGCAAAUUCAUACAAACCAGACCUAAAAGAAAACUCAGAAAACAACAUGCCAAUGGAAAGAGAAACUGGAAGAUGAGAGGCACAGGAGGAAGAGGCAGAUGGGGAAGAUGGGGUAGAUGGAGUAGAGGAGGCAGAGGCAGAGGUGGCAGGGGGCGAGGGGGGCGAGGGAGAGGUGGAGGUGGGGGGAGAGGGCGAGGGCGAGGGAGAGGAGGAAGAGGUGCAUCUAGAGGAGCCUCCAGAGCCAAGCGAGCACGUGUUGCCGAUGAUGAAUUUGAUACCAUGUUUUCAGGACCUUUCAGUAGACUUCCUCGAAUCAAAACAAGAAACCAAGGCAGGAGGACUGUUUUGUAUAAUGAUGAUUCGGAUAAUGACAAUUUUGUGUCCACUGAGGAUCCUCUGAAUCUUGGUACAUCCAGAUCAGGCAGAGUACGUAAAAUGACAGAAAAAGCCAGGGUUAGCCAUCUCAUGGGAUGGAAUUAUUAACAGUUAAUGAAUUUAGAGUAAUUUUUAAGAAUAAAAUCAAUGGCCUUCUACUGCAGGGAAUUUACCAGAAAAUCCACAAAGCAAGUUGUGUGGGGACUUCUGCUUCCUUUCACAUUGGUGCUUUUCCAUUA